GAGAGAGAGAGAGAGUGAGAGAAUGGUGUAAGUAAGUUGGUGGUUAGAAAAAGAAAGGAAAUAUUCUUCUUUAGCUUUCAUGUUUUUCUUUUGGUGUUUUCUAUUGAAAUCAAACAAACAUUGAAACACCUCUCUUUCUCUCUCUAUCUCUCUUCCUUCUCAAAUCUCUCUCUCUCUAAUCUUUCUUUCUUGGUGUGUUUGUAGCGAGGAUUCAAACACACGAACCAGCAGCCAAGCCAGCAGGCAGCAGCUUCCUCAGCUGUGUUUUUAGUGUGUGUAAUAUUGUUGGCUUCUGCUUAUAAUUACUACUAAGGUUUCUCGCCUUAGCUUCCUCGUCGUCUUCUUUCGCCACAAUCUCAAACUUCUUCUCAGAUUUUGAAUAACACCCAACAUUUUUUAUCUCCUUCUGUUUGGCUAAAUCACACCCCCUUUUCUUCCCAUCUUUGUUUUCUAGCUCCCUCUCUCUCUCUCUGAAAAACCCAGUGUUAGUUUUUACCAGAACCAGAAAAAAGCUUUAUCCUUUAAGCUCAGCUCAUCAAGAAAUGAUGUCUGGAGAUGUAUUCUCAAUCCCUUCUUCCCUCAAACCCACUCCCCCUCCUCAAGAUCCAAACCCUAACCCUAAGCCCAAUCCUUCCUCCAAGAAGAAGAGAAAUCUCCCAGGUACACCAGAUCCGGAUGCGGAAGUUAUUGCUUUGUCGCCGAAGACGCUUAUGGCGACGAACAGAUUUAUCUGCGAAAUCUGCAAUAAGGGUUUUCAGAGGGACCAGAACUUGCAGCUUCACCGGCGGGGACACAACCUGCCAUGGAAGCUUAAGCAGAGGCCGAAAACGGAGCAGGUGAAGAGGAAGGUGUAUAUAUGUCCGGAGAAGACGUGUGUACACCACGACCCGUCGCGGGCCCUAGGCGACCUCACCGGAAUCAAGAAGCAUUUCAGCCGGAAACACGGCGAGAAGAAGUGGAAGUGCGACAAGUGUUCCAAGAAGUACGCUGUUCAGUCGGAUUGGAAGGCCCAUUCCAAGACCUGUGGGACGAGGGAGUAUAAAUGUGACUGUGGAACGCUCUUUUCCAGGAAAGAUAGCUUUAUCACCCACAGAGCUUUUUGUGAUGCUUUGGCGGAAGAGAGUGCGAGAAUCACUUCUGUGGCGGCUAAUACUUUGAAUUUCCGAAACAACAAUGAGAGUUUGAUGAAUCCGCAGCAAAAUCUGCCUCAUGGGUUAUCCUCCGGCGCCGGCGCCGGAAUUCCCCAGAUUCCGGCGGUUUUCCAGCAGAAACCCAGGCUGUCGUUGUGGUUGGAUCAGGCGGCGGGGAAUUCUCACCACCAUCUUCAAAUGCCGGGGAAUUCGGGGGGGAUUUUUGGGGGUUCUGGGUCGUCGUUGCCGGAGAUUUUGCAGAUGGGGAACUCUCCGAUGAUGUAUGGGUCGUCGCCGAUUGAGAGUUUUGGGACGUCGAAUCUGUCGCUGUCUCCUCUCGCGCCGCCGCAAGGGCUGCAGGAUCAGGAGGGGAUGGGGAUGAGCAAGGCGGAGACGUUGAGCUCGAUGUAUUCCGAUAAUAGUCUCCAAACGUCGACGAAAUCGUCGGCGGGGGCGGCGGCGAUGUCGGCCACGGCGCUGCUGCAGAAGGCGGCGCAAAUGGGGUCCACGAAAAGCAGCGCGCCGACGGCGUUCUUCGGGAACAGCUUCGGGCUCAUGACAUCCUCCUCGUCUUCCUCGAACAACAGAAGCGAAUUGCAGCACAUGAUGUCCCAGAAUAAUAAUGGGUUCGACAUCGCCGCCGAGAAUUCGUCGUGUUUAAUGCAAAGGCAGCAGGGGGUGCCGUUGAAUGGGGUUAACGUUAAUGCUCAUCAUUUGACGAGGGAUUUUCUGGGCAUGGGGAGUGAAGACGGGCGGCCAUUUUUGGCCGAGGAGUUAGCCAAGUUUGCGUCCUCCAUGGGUUCAGCGGCCAUGGGUUUGAGCCAUUUCAGUACCGGCCAUUAGCCACCGUUUUUGUUUUCUCGUGUCAUCUCCUUUCUAUCUUCCAUAUCCAUACCAGCACAGCGCUUGUAUGUACUUUCUUAGGAGGCCUUACAAUAAUGUAUUGCAACAUUAUCUUCUUCUCUUCAAUUCUAUCUUAAUUCCCAUUUUCGUUUGAGGUCAAAUCUUGUAUGUAUUCAUCAAAUGCAAUUUGCCGGUUUUCAUUUCAA